UGUGGGGUUAGGAGCCCAGAGUGGCAAGACCCUGGAGGAAGAGAUGACCCCACAUAUGCUCAGUGAGGACAGACUGAACUCACCCAGCAGAGGCUGAGGCAGGCCUACCCGGAAGCUGGUCUGCUGAUUGCAGGCGAGCUGUGGCGGGUCACAGAUUGCUCCUUGUGGGUUUGGUGCCAGGCAUGCUGUGCGGAAGAGCUACUUGCCGCCUAGUAGGAAGUCAUAUCUGCCCCAGAGCUGGAGAGGAAUCAGAAUAGGGGUUUGGGAAGGACCUGGAGAACACAGGAGGCUCAUGGGGGAUAGCUUGAGCUAGGUGGUGGGAGACAUGAAGAUCGGCCAGUGUCAGUGGUUCUCAGGUUUACACUCUGGGCUCUAAGGAGAGAGAAGCAGGGGUUUCCUGAAUGCCUCUAGAACAACCCCCCUUUGGUCUGAGCUCUAUUUUCAACUUUCUGGCUGUUUUAUGGCUGGUGUGAAACAGCUGGAAACCAUCUCGGGGUGGAGAGCACUUCCGCUCAGGGUUGCCAGAGUUUGGGCAAAUACUGCCAGCUGUCCGUGUGGGCUUCUUGGCCACCACUCCAGAGGCCUGGCAGAGGGCCUGGAAGCAGGAAGGACUCAGGGCAUGAGGCUGGUGGCACUGGAAGUGGAUGUGUGAUUAGAGGUCAGAGGAAGGACCCAGGGCCCUGGGGCUGAUACGGAACCGGAGCUCUCUCUUAGGGUUCUUAGUUUCAUUGAUAACAGAAUUUAAGAGCAACUUAAAUGGAAGCUCAACAACAAUUUUUAUUAGAGUUUAAAAGAAGCUACCCAGAGCAGGAAGCUGCACGCUUCAGCAGCUGCCUGAAGCAAUGGAAGGAGAAGGGAAAAGUCACACCAUUUGCGUUAAACCAGCACAGAGGUCACAUGGCAGGAGGGGAGCUUUAGAGAAAGUAUGGAAGGCCUUAAGGGACAGAAAAACCUACAUGGGUUCUGGCCAGCAUCAGAAACAAAGAGAUGGAACAAAGACCUCAGAAAAUGGCACCUCAUAAAGGCGAGCAGGACUCAUAAAGUCCUGCACUGAGGAGUCCUGGAGACUGCUGUCACCCUUGGAGCCCCCAGACUUCGGAGGAGCCAGCUCUGUACCCAGAGGGUGAAGGAAGGCUGGCCAGGACUACCCUGUCUUGAAGACAGAUCCUCAUCAGAGUAGAAGAGAAGCACCCUUCCCACAACUCUGCAAGAGAGGAGUCGGGGCAACAAGGAGAAAGAAUUCUAAGACUAGAGGAAAACCAAAACAGCAGGAGAAGUGGAAAGAGAGCAGAGAAGACAACGAACCAGUUUGAAACUAACGCCAGCUCUCUAGCUGGGCACAGAGACCAGACAUUGCAGGCACAAGAACUUCAGACAUGCCCACCAAGGUGUUCCCCCUGCCACUCACCACCACCGGUCCUGAGAACAGCAGCUUCCUCUAUGACUAUGAUUACUUGGAUGAUGUGACUGUCUUGGUCUGCAGGAAGGAUGAGGUCUUGUCCUUUGGGAGAGUCUUCCUGCCAAUCAUCUACAGCCUGAUCUUCGUGCUGGGCUUGGCUGGGAACCUCCUCCUUCUGGUGGUGCUGCUCCGCUAUGUGCCUCGAAGACGCAUGAUUGAGCUUUACCUGCUGAACCUGGCCGUCUCCAACCUCUUGUUUGUAGUGACGAUGCCCUUUUGGGCCAUCUCUGUGGCCUGGCAUUGGGUUUUUGGCAGUUUCUUGUGCAAGGUGGUGAGCGUUCUCUACACUAUUAACUUUUACUGUGGCAUCUUCUUCAUCACUUGCAUGAGCUUGGACAAAUACCUGGAGAUUGUCCAUGCUCAGCCCCUCCACAGACCAAAGACCCGGUUCAGGAACCUGCUCCUCAUUGCCAUAGUGUGGACCACGGCCCUGGCCAUCUCUAUCCCAGAAAUGGUCUUUGUACAGGUCCACAAGACCUUCGACGGUGUGUGGCAUUGUUAUGCCGAUUUUGGAGGACAUGCAACCAUUUGGAAGCUCUACCUGCGCUUCCAGCAGAACCUCCUGGGGUUUCUCCUUCCGCUCUUGGCCAUGAUCUUCUUUUACUCCCGCAUUGGUUGUGUUUUGGUUAGGCUGAGGCCGCCAGGCCAGGGCCGGGCUCUGAGGAUGGCCACAACCCUGGUGGUAGCUUUCUUCCUGUUGUGGUUCCCAUACAACCUCACUCUGUUUCUGCACUCGCUGCUGGACCUGCAUGUCUUUGGGAACUGCCAGCUCAGCCACUAUCUGGACUACACGCUGCAGGUGACAGAGAGUCUGGCCUUCUUCCACUGCUGUUUCACUCCCGUCCUCUAUGCCUUCUCCAGUCGCCGCUUCCGGCAGCAUCUGAAAGCUUUCCUUGCUGUGGUGCUGAGAUGGCACCAGGACCCUGGCACUGCCCAGGCCCUGCCAUCUAGCUAUUCUGAGAGCAGCAGGGUUACUGCCCAAGAAGAUAUGGUCAACAUGCAUGACUUUGGAGAGAGGCCGGCUGACGACUCCCUUAACAAGGGGCCCGUGGGCAAUGAUUGGCCCUGAGUGGCCAUGGGAAGAGCACUGUUCUCUCUUUAGGGCCAGCAUGACCAUGCUGCUUGCCCAGUGGCUCUCAGCCAUCAGCAGGUCUCGCUCACUGCUGCCACUUCCUCCAUCUUCCUGGACCCCAUGCUGUCUGCCAAAUCGCUGCAAUGGUCUCCGUAAUCUCUGCUUCCAUCACGUGUGCUUCUGUGGCUUCCUGGGCCCCCAGCAGACAGUGAGGUCACUCCACGCUUAGGCUUCAAGGGCUAUGUGACCAGCCUAUGGCCUCAUCUCUACCACAUUCCCUCCUAGUUUCUGGGUUCAGGGCACACACUGAUCUCCACUUGUGUUUCUGGAGCAUUCCAGGCUCAUCCAGUAGGGCGAGUUUAGCUAUGCUACCUUCCUGGGCAGUCUUCCCCUUGUGAAGAGUUUGGCUCAUUCCUUCACUUCCUGGGGUCUUGGUUCAGAUCUCACCUUGUUGGUGAGUUGCCCCAUGCUCACUCUACUUAAUGCCCUAACUACAUACCUGAUGCUCUGAAUGAUCUGCUCCUGCAUUUACCACUCACACUCCGUCCACAUUUUCUCCUAUUUGUUGUGUUCACUGGUUACUGCCUUAAGCCCGUCCACCCAGCUGAGCUGCAGAGUAAGGCUCUUUAGUGCAUGGCUCACUGCUGUACUCCAACCCACACCACAGGAGCUUGUGCAUGGAAGGCAUUUAGAAAGUAUCUGUGGAGUGUGAUCAACAAGUUCUUUCUUUGUGGCGUUUUGGGGAACAGCCACAGGCUGUCCACCCACCAGGGCCCCUUUCUCGGUAACUCAGAUGGGAAUACACCUUCCUGCCCUUGUCAGAAGCUCCAGAGCUAUAGCCUGAAGGCACUGGAGGUGCUCCAGCCAGAGGACAGCCCGGCAGGUGUGCAUCUGGCAGGAGGAAGGCAGAAACCACCCAUCUCAGCGCUGGCCUAAUCUGGGACCUUCAGUCCCUCUGGGGUCUGUCAGUUAAGUUCAAGGCUUUGUCUGAACUUUCCAAACACAUGCUGGUGAGAAGGCAACCCCCCAACACACCCGCUGGGAAAACUGGGUGUCCACGUGUGGGAGAUUAAAACUAGAUCCUGUCUCUUAUCCGGUACAAAGAGCAGCUAAAAAUGGAUCAAAGACUUUAGUGUAAGACCCAAAGCUUUGAAACCAUGAGGGAAAGGCACUACAGACAUCACCAGAGGCAAGGGCUUUCUGAGCCAAGUUCCAAUAAGCCAGGAAAUACAAGCAGGAACCGAGAAGCAGGACUGCAUGGAGUUGCAUGGAGCUACAGUCUCUGAGGCACAGGGACAGCGGUGUCUUUUUAACCUGACUGGCUUUGGCCUGACAGGGCCAAUAUCCAGACUGCAUGGGGAACUGAAAAAUUGACAAGGUCAAAUAAUCCAAUAAAAAAAUGGAUGAAUAAUUUGAACAGACAUUUCUCAAAAGAAGAACAGAUGCUCAAUAAAUACACAAAAAAUACUCUGCAUUCUUGUCCAUCACAGAAACACAAAUCAGAAUGACAUUGCACUCCUACUUUGCCCAGGUCAGACAGCUGUUACCAGAGAAGCAACCAGAACAGCAGAACCAUGAACUCUGGUGGGACAGGGAGGGGAACAGACCCUUAUAGAAUGCUGUUGGGUAAACCAUACAGUUGCUAUGGGCUGCAAUUUGUUGGUUCCUUAAAACAUAAAACUAAAAUUGCUAAUGAUCCAUCAUACACACACUGUAGAGUAUUACCCAGCCUUGAAGAAGAGGAGGAGAAGCCAGAAAAUGGAUGGAGUACUGGCUGAGUGAAGUGACAUAAGCCAGACUUAGAAAGACGAGUAUCCCUUAUUUCCUCUCAUUUGUGGAAACUAAGACAAAAGAGAGUACAUUGAAAGUAGGAGAGGGAAGAAAGAGGAAGCCACCACAAGUGGAUUUGGACAAAGCAUGACAUAUACAUGUAUGGAAAAGUCACAGAGUGAGUUCAUAACUGCAGCAAUAAUAAGCUUUGCUUGGCAUAGAAGCCAGUAUGCAUGUGCCAGUGUAUGGAAAUAAGAGGACAGACUCAUGUGCCAUUUCUCAGGUGCCAUUCACCUUUGUUGUUUUUGAGACAAGGUCUUUCUCUGAUUACUGGUCCCUGUCUCCCCCUUCCCCGAGGUUGCGCUUGUGUGUGCACAGGCUCUGGAUUGCACUCAGGUCCCGGUCCCUGUGGGCUUCACUGACUGCUGCGCUUCACCCCAAGGCCAGCGCUUUCUCAGCAGCAUCUAGACAUCUGCACCCUCCAGCUCCUCCAGCUCCUGAACACCCACCACUCCAUGCUGUUGUCUGCACACCUGACCUGUCUGCCCUGCCCUGCUUCCUGUGUAACAAAGCUUGCUUCUGGUCAGGUGUGACCCCCUCAUCUCCUGAGCUGACCCCACUUGUUCUUGAAAAGGUUGCCCUGCCCCAUACUCUGGGUGGAAUCUUAGACUGUCCUGAUUUGGGUCAGUGUCCUCUGAGUUCCACGUGUUGAGGUGUCCCUGCUGAGUAAUGGUGCAAUCUCUAGAAGGUGGGGCCUCAGAGCAGGCCCUUAGGCAACUGGGAGCAUGCCUUUGAAGGGAAUGAUGGGACUUCAGGCUUCUCCACCCCCAGUGUUUUGCUCCGUGGCUUAUGAGUUGAGUGGUGUGCUCACUCCUGCUAUUGCCAUCUGGUGCAACCUGAGCCAAAAAUAAACCUUUCUCUUUGACCAUUA